AUGGCUAGAACAGCCCAGAAUGUACCUCCCAGUCGCCCCCAUGAGUGGCGCCAGCGAGAGUACCUAGACCAUCAAGGCAACCCUGUUAUCCUCGGCAAAGUGUCAGGGGACGACGACUCAUUCGAUGCAGAAGAGAAACAUACAAUUCAAAUUUACAGCAAAACUACCAUACAGCCUGCGGACUUUACAGACCUCUACCGAUAUCUCAAGCCUAUCUCAGAGGACCCCAUCUUCCUCGAGAUCUACACACCUAAUCAGGAUGAUGCAUUUGCCUGUGUUGAGCAUCAACGCCGCGAGAUCGCUUACCGCAAGCGUUUAUAUGCGGAUACCGACCAGCCAUCUGGCCCUUUACCUCCAUUGAUUCCAACAUUUAGAAUUAGUGGAUCAUUCAGUCGCUCCCAGCCAAAUUUUGACACGGGUUCCUGCCUUCUCUUGACCUCGGAUAGCUACCAGGCUGGCUGGGAUAGCAAAAAAAGAGACGAAAUUGGUACAGGCCCGCUCUGGAUCGACUUCACACGUAAAUUUUCAAAUCAAAUACGAGAGAUUGAUUUGGCCGCCCGUGUUGAAUUCGAUGAGCUGGAUGAUAUACCAUUCUUUGCUGAAUACGGGACUGGAGUGUUUCCCGAGGCUACUGAGGUCACUGUGAAACUGAAGAACGACCAAACAGCUAUGGAUCAAUAUAUAGAAUCUAUGCUUGACUAUUUACAAAAGAGAGAUGCUAGUGGAUGGGAACUCGACUAUGGAACCGACGAACUAGUUUCCGUGCAGACAACCUGGGAUUCGCAACAGGUUAAGGAAAUUCUUAACGAGCAACGUACUAAAGAUCUUAGAUCUAUGGAUCCGGAUACUCUAUCCCUUUCUAGAGGUCCUCGCGAUACAGAAGUCACUAUCAAAAACCACUCUGGUGUGGAGAGCGAUCUUCAGUACGUGAUCUACGUCCAAUUUCUGGCGGACAUUCUAGACCCGGCCCUAUUAGAAACCACUGCCCGCCUAUUCACAGCGCACGUCAUUUCCAAGCUUGGCUCUAACAAGACGGUGCGGUUCGACUUUAAAAUUCCCGGCUUAAGCUUGUCAUCUAUCCUAUCAUUCCCUAAUGACCUUCCCGUGGGCGCCUUACACAGUCCGGAGGACGGAUCAGAGCGCCAACGAAUCCUACCCUUACGAAGGCAUGAUAUAGGCAUCCUUCCUGACACCACAUGCGAACAGUUCGCCGUGGUUCUAGAUAAGCCGGCAUUUGUUACAGAGCCAGGUGUACUUUUCUUCAUGAAUAACUUGAAACCAAAAGACUUCAUCGACCAUAGAUACCCUGUGGCUGAGGUUCGCCGCAGCGCAGGCAUGUUUGAGGUUGUAAGGAGACUUGCUAUGCUGGGGAUAGAGGAGAAACUUGGAAAUAGUCCUAAUAGAGAUGUCACGAAAGAAGAAUGUCUGGCUCUCCUAGGUCUUUCUCUAGCGCAAUACCAGGAUGCAGUGUUUGAAGCGGAACAGAAUUGA